GCGCGCGCCGCUGCAGCGCCGCCUUCCCUGCGCAGUCGGUGUCUCCUCCGCGUCGCUGGGUGGGACUUGGCUCAGCAGCCAUGGGCAAGCAGAACAGCAAACUGCGGCCCGAGAUGUUGCAGGACCUGCGGGAGAACACGGAGUUCUCGGAGCUGGAGCUACAGGAGUGGUACAAGGGCUUCCUCAAGGACUGCCCCACGGGCAUCCUCAACGUGGACGAGUUCAAGAAGAUCUACGCCAACUUCUUCCCCUAUGGCGACGCCUCCAAGUUCGCCGAGCACGUCUUCCGCACCUUCGAUACCAACAGCGACGGCACCAUCGACUUUCGGGAGUUCAUCAUCGCGCUGAGCGUGACCUCGCGCGGCCGCCUGGAGCAGAAGCUCAUGUGGGCCUUCAGCAUGUACGACCUGGACGGCAACGGCUACAUCAGUCGCGAGGAGAUGCUGGAGAUUGUGCAGGCCAUUUACAAGAUGGUUUCGUCCGUGAUGAAGAUGCCAGAGGACGAGUCGACCCCGGAGAAGAGAACGGAGAAAAUCUUCCGCCAAAUGGACACCAACAACGAUGGCAAACUGUCCCUGGAGGAGUUCAUCCGCGGGGCCAAGAGCGACCCGUCCAUCGUGCGCCUGCUGCAGUGCGACCCCAGCAGCGCCUCCCAGUUCUGAGCCCGAGGGGUCGCCCGCGCUCCUCGCUGCCUUCACUCCCUUGUCUCCCCAGGGCCCCCUAGGGUCUGCACUGUGUGUGUGUGUGUGGGGGGGGCUUGGAGAAGGGAGCCCUGCAGUUAGCAUCCCACAAUCCAAGAGGCCACAUCUCUUUUCCUAAGGAUAGACACAGGCCCCUCAGUCAGCACCCCCAUCUUGGUAUCAUAAGCCCCUCUCCCCGCACGCGCAUACACCAGUCACCUGGAGGUCAGAGCUCCCUCCUCUAUCACAGGCAGGCUCCCCAGCUGGAGGGGAGGAGAGGGCCUUGCCCAGGUGCCCCAAGCGAGGAGUCUGCCUUCAAAUAGGAUUCCCCAGGUGAAAGUUUGAGGAAGAACUUUCAGGGGGACUCAGCCCUUUCUGCCCUGAGGGCCAUGGUGCAAAAGGAAAAUCUUUCUGCACCCCACAUGCCAAUUAGCACUUGGACCAACACAGCUCAUCACACACAGACCCACGGACCCUUGGGUAUAUUAGGUCUCUCUCUCUCACCAACACAGGCCCACAGGCAGAUGGGCAGGUGGCCCCAGAGCCCCACGCACAAGUGUCCCAUGUGGGUUAGAAGCACAGCCCCUGGCCGGACCCACCCUCCCCACCCUCCCGCAUGCAUCCACAUGGAGCGUCUCUGUUCUUUUUAACAACUUCUGAAUAAAGUCUCGUCUCAGUG